GCUGCGCCGCAGCAUUUUCGAACGCGGGCAAGCGCGUACGAGCGUGUUUUUGUGAUGCAAUCGACAGCUCUGAGAGACUUUCUGAUGUUGUAGAUAACGAAAAAAGGUGUAUAACAAGAUUAAAUCGAACGUAUUACAAUGCUUGAUAACAUCUGCGAUUGUUGUCGAGCCAUCGUCGUUGCACGGAGAGCGUAACGCCGAAUAAAGUGAAAAUUCUUGCGCGUAUCAGAAAUGCUUCGUUAUCGCGACAGGUUUGAAGUGUCAUAGUCGAAUGUUCAAAGAACAAACGUUCUUUCAGCCAAUUAAAUGUAUAUUAACGACCGCGCGAGAGUUAUUUUAUAUACUAUUUGGGAGCUCGUAACCUGCUGUUACGUUGAUCCUUCGCCCUAGACUUGUCGACGUGUCUCACGCAAAGCCACCUCCGAUGUUUGACAGUUCCGAGCGCGGAGGCUGGGACGUAGACAUCGCGUGACUUGCUACUUCGAAACGGUGACGACUCGGCCGCGUUCGGUGUUAAGCAUGAACAAAUCCGUGGAGAACCUAUUGAUAUCUAGUCACGAAGUAAUCAGUAGCAUCAAUUCUUCCAGCUUAGGUAAUCAAGGUUCUACGACAAAUUUAGGAAACGCGCCGUCCACGGAAAACGUUCAAGAAACUCUUUCUGGCUCUGGUGCUGAGCGUAACAGUCCUGUGUCCAGUCCUAAUUUAUCCCCGCGUCCUAGCCCAAGAGCCUACAAUAGACGAGAAUAUUCCAGGUUAAAUUCUGAUUCUGCCAAAGAAUCACUUCGCGUAAACAAGUCGGAGGAUCAGCUGUCAUCUCAGGAUCAGAUCAACAGAUCGUCUGAUUCAACCGAGCUUAGUAAAAGCUCAGCUCACGAGGGUAAAAAAGAGACACGUGGCAGUGAUAGGAGUAAGAAGAAAUCGUCAUGGUAUAACGUGCUCUAUCCAACUUACAAGUCUCGUUCUGAGGACUUUAAGCGAAUAUUCAAAGACGUGCCUGAUGACGAGAGGUUGGUGGUAGAUUAUUCUUGUGCUCUGCAGCGUGAAAUAUUGGUACACGGUAGACUUUAUGUAUCUCAAAACUAUGUGUGCUUUUAUGCUAAUAUAUUUAUGUGGGAGACACUGGUCUCCUUACGUUGGAAAGACGUUACAUCUAUUACCAAAGAAAAAACUGCGCUUGUCAUUCCAAAUGCUAUCCUGAUAUGCACCGUUACUGACAAGUUCUUCCUAACAUCGUUUGGAGCGAGAGAUAAAACAUAUGUGAUGUUAUUUCGUGUUUGGCAAAAUGCUCUCAUUGGCGAGCCUAUGAGUAUGGCUGAAAUGUGGCAGCUUGUGCACGCUUGUUACGGUGACGAAUUAGGCUUGACGUCCGACGACGAAGAUUACGUGCCACCGUUGCCCGCGGCGGAUGAGGAAAAGUUGGCGACUCGUUUCUCCGUAGAAUCUUUUUCUGAAAACGAGGGAGUCACCAUAGAAAAUACCGCAACUCCAGCCGUAGAGUCCGUUCCUGCUGAGCCUGCUGAACCGCAGCAAACUCAGCUACCGCCGAUUCAGCCGCCUCCGCCACUGCCCAGAUCGGAACCUGUUCUUGAUGCAACGGAUUUAAGCGACACGACAGAAAGCGAAGCUGAAAAGCACGGCCUGAAAAUAAACAUACGGAGCUCUACGGUCUGUACUUCCCUGCAUGAAGGUCGGCAAGUUAACAAAGCGACAUUGCCUAUUCACAUCGACCAGCUGUUUACCUUACUCUUCACAAAUUCGAAAUUCUUCCUAGAUUUUCAUACUGCCCGCAAGACCACCGAUUUGAUACAGUCUGCAUGGACACAAAACAAUCAAACUGAUCAGAAGAUGAGAACGCUUUCGUACACGAUAUCCUUGACUCAUUCUAUUGGCCCAAGGACCUGCCAUGUUACGGAGACACAAGUGAUGCUACCAUGCAGUAGGCCAGGUCACCUUUAUUGCAUCGAUGUAGAGAGCGCUAACGCUGGCAUACCCUAUGCCGAUUCCUUCAGCGUUUUUACGCAUUAUUGUAUAAACAGUAUUUCCGAAAACGAGACAAGUCUCACGAUUUUCUCGCAGAUCAAGUACAAAAAGAGUGUGUGGGGUUUCAUGAAAAAUGUGAUUGAGAAGAAUUGUUGGUCAGGCUUAGAAGAGUAUUUUAUUAGUUUAAUAAAGGCGUUGUCGGUGGAAUGUGAAGAAGGUAGUGGAAGCGGAGGGAAACGAAAAACGAGGAAACGACGACGUGCGACGGGCGUUGUGGUGCAAACUCAUCCUUCCGAACAUAUAGCUGCAAAUCAUCAAAUUUCUCCUUCCAAUUCGCCGCAUGCUCACGUUGCCGCUAGAAAUGAUACCAAUAUGAUCAUCAGCACGAUACUAUUGAUCGCUGUGUUAUGCUUAAUGGUAAUUAACGGUUUGUUGUAUUAUAAAUUGUGGGGACUCGAAGAAGCUGCUGCGUAUACUAUUAUGGAUCUACACGUAUUAAAAAAUACACCAAAGACUGAAGAAGAUUGGAUCAAUCUUUUGCAACAGCAAGAAAGUUUGCACAAUGUAGAGAUGAGAAAAUGGCAGAGAGUUCUGCAUACAGCUGCACAACUGCUUAGACAGACAGAGGAAUCUUUAACGGAGUUGCAAAUGAGCAUCCAUCCUACAGCAACAGAAAAGAUGUUCUCUGUAUUGAAACCAAGCUUGAAAAGUGCCGACUCACGUACAGAACGGCGAAGCAAGACGGAAAUCAGAAGGUACGAUUCCAGCAUGUUUCUUAUAUGAGGACACUCCUGAAACAUCUUAUGCACGAUCAGCAGCUAGACCAACAAAGCUGAAGGGGUUAAGAGGGGAAUAGUAGACGUCGUUUUAGAAAUCUGCCCGAAAUGUGCAUCUAAUUCCAAGUAUUUUUUUAAUGGAUAGGCUACUUUAUAUUUCAAAACGGCAAGUUUAACUUCCUUUUUUGCUCAAAGAACGCGGUUUUCCAACAGUCUUUCGAACUUUCAGAUGUCCACCUCGUAGUUCAGAUACUCUCGUUGCAUUGUAUUCCGAUUCAGUUAUAAAAAAUUUAAUAUUUCGCUUUAAAAGUAAAAAAAAAAGUGUAGUUUGCGAUGAUGGAUCGAAAGUCAAGUUGUGAAAAUACGUUCACGCACAUCAACAAUUUUCUGCGACAUCUCUCACCUCUAACAUCGUAAUUUAAGAUGCCUGACGUAGUCAUCGGCAAUCCUUAAUGUCAAUAGUUUAAGUAUUUAGCGUAUGAUAUAUUUGAUGUAAGCAUUUAAGUAUUACGAGGUGAAUGUUAUGAAGAAUAAUAGAUGAUUUUUAGAACGAU